UCCGUCCGUCCGUCCGUCCGUCCGUCCGUCCGUCCGUGCGAGCGAGCGAGCGAGCGAUGAGGCGGCUCGUCUUCCUGCUGUGCACCGGCGUGACCUGCUGCAUCGCGGCGGGAAGCGCUCCGCGGAUCGCGGAGGCUGCGCUGCCCGGAGGAGAUGCCACCGUCGCCGAGCUGCUGGAGGGCGGGCAGGAGCGUGUGCCGGCACCGAAGCUGCAGGUGAAGUUCAAUCUCCGCUCCUCGCAGGACGCCGAAGAGGAUGGUUGCACGCUCACCAUCGGCCAGCACAAGCGUUUGGAGGACUGCAAGUUCAACGUGACAGCUAAAACUUUCUUCAUCAUUCACGGCUGGACAAUGAGUGGCAUGUUCGAAACCUGGCUGGACAGCUUGGUAUCUGCUCUUCAGGAGAGGGAGAAGGAUGCUAAUGUCAUCGUGGUGGAUUGGCUUUCGCUUGCCCACCAGCUCUAUACCGAUGCUGUGAACAACACGCAGAUUGUUGGAAAAAGCAUAGCGAGGCUGCUUGACUGGUUACAGGAGAACCCGCUCUUCCAGCUCAAGAACGUCCACCUGAUUGGGUACAGCCUGGGUGCCCACGUUGCUGGUUUUGCUGGUAACCAUGUCCAUGGGACAAUAGGCAGAAUUACAGGCUUGGAUCCGGCUGGCCCUAUGUUUGAAGGAGUGGACCCUAGCAAGCGCCUCUCCCCUGAUGAUGCUAACUUUGUGGAUGUCCUUCACACCUACACAAGGGAAACACUAGGUGUUAGCAUUGGGAUCCAGAUGCCUGUAGGCCAUGUUGACAUCUACCCCAAUGGGGGAGACUUCCAGCCUGGCUGUGGAUUAAGUGAUGUCUUGGGAGCAAUUGCCUAUGGGACAAUUGGUGAAGUUGUUAAAUGUGAACACGAGCGGUCUGUGUACCUCUUCGUGGACUCCCUUGUGAACCAAGACAAACAAAGCUUCGCGUUCCAAUGUACCGAUUCCAGUCGCUUCAAGAAGGGCAUCUGCCUGAGCUGCCGGAAGAACCGCUGCAACGGUAUUGGCUACAAUGCCAGGAAAACACGGAAUAAAAGAAACAGCAAGAUGUACUUAAAAACAAGAGCUGAUAUGCCAUUCAAAGUCUACCAUUAUCAGAUGAAAAUGCACGUCUUCAGCUACAAGAGCUUGGGAGAGGCCGAUCCCACUUUCUCUGUCACCCUUCAUGGCACCAAUGGAGACUCUGAACCUCUCUCUUUAGAAAUGCUUGAUCAAAUUGGUCUAAAUGCUACUAACACCUUCCUGGUCUAUACUGAAGAAGACAUGGGUGAACUUUUAAAAAUAAAGCUCACCUGGGAGGGAACGUCUCAGUCAUGGUAUGACCUGUGGAAAGAGCUGAAGAGCUACUGGUAUCGGCCUGUGAAGUCUUCCAAGGAACUGCAUAUCAGACGUAUACGUGUGAAAUCUGGGGAAACGCAACAAAGGUUUGCUUUUUGUGUGGAAGAUUCGCAGCUGACCAGUAUAUCUCCUGGUAAAGAGCUCUGGUUCGUGAAGUGCACAGAGGAAUGGCAAAAAAGACCUGUCUCAAAUUUGCUCUGAAGACUUCUCUAAGGACACAACUGAGCAACCUAGAUGCAUGAAGACCACACGGGUGGCAAGAUGCUCUGGCAAAGAUUUGGCUUAGUAGCACUUAAAGCAACUAGGCUCUUCAGGACAAAACAUCUUGAAUCAGAUGCAAGAAACUGAGGAGCAAUUGAUGAACUGUGGUCCUAGACCUAGAAUAACUAAAACUACAUUCUCCCUUCCCCGAAGAGCCUGGUUUGUGCAUUUAACCUUACCUUGGCCUGUUACACGCUGCACUUCCUGCCUGCUCCCAUUAACCGGGACUACAGAUGAGAUCUUCACAGAUCUAGACCUCAGCAAUGAUCUUCUGGUCUGCCUGCCAGUGGAGUUGAGAAGAUAACCAUGCUAACUGCCCAUCAGACUGAGCUGCCAACAGCAAAUUAGCAUCUAGCGUAGGAGUUACCAUGGGUCCGAUAAUGCUGUGGGAAGAUGAGACCAGCACAGGUCAAGUGUGUGGGGUUGUUCAGGGUAGGGGUGGGAAUAAGCACAAUGCCACUUACCUUCAAGUUGUCCUUCACUUGCCUUAAAAGUAAUCCCUUCUGUGCCUGGCUGAUACCGAAGUCUCUCUCUGUAACUUCAUAAGAAGGUCGUACUCCGUCCUCCCUGUCCCUAGGGCAGAACACGGUGCGGGUGGCAGGUGAUGGUGUUGGCAGCUGCUCCUUGCUCCCCAGUUAGAGUCUGCAGCGAGACAGUCGUGUCCCGUGCGUUGAUCCCUUUGUAAGGGGCAAAUGGCAGCUGCCCAUCUGCCGACCUUAGGGGAGGAGGAAGGUAGUGAACUGUACCGCUGCAGGAGAGCUUCGCACCAGUCCUUCUAACUACUGAGAAUGCGCUUGCCUCUGUUCAGAUGCUGUUGUGGUACCAGUGCGUAAUUAAGACCUUAUUUUUGUGCCAAGUAUUUAACUGAGCCAAACAGAUGACAGCCUACCCUCAUUGCCACAACGUCCUGAUUGGAUUCCCUGGUGCCACGUGAACUUGGCUUUGGUCUGAGUUUGACAGACUCUACAGCUGUCCUGUUUGCUACACCGGAGCAGACCUUGUCAGAGGUGAACUAGAUUUGUUUUUAUUUUGUUUUUUCAUUUUGGAAGGAGACUUGGUGUAACAGCUCUUGAACUUUUGGCAUGCAGAAAGGCAAUCCCAAAAAGUGAUGUUGCCAGAUGGUGCACUGAGUUCUGAAGGCUUAGCAAGUCCUUCUGAGGCCUGCAAUUCUAUGAGUUCUUGUAGAGCUUCAAUCCAACCAAAGCAAGCAUGUUUGGAGAUAUUUUUUUUUUUUCCAUGAUUUUAUGCAAAGGCUUCAAUAACUGAGGCCUUUGGUAAGUAUCUGUGACUUGUCACCGUGCCAUACUUAAGAGUGGAUUCAAAGCCCUGUUUGUAUAUUGUGGUUUUUGUAUGACUUAAAACAUUAUUUAUUUCUCAUAUUGUACAUAUGUAAAGUUUUAAACAUUUUGGUUUUGAAUAACAGUUUUUAUAAGCCUUAAGACAAAAAAUAAAGGGCUUUGCAAAAAA